AUGGAUUGGGCUGCUCCGGCAUUGACGAGCUUCGUCGCCGACUCGUCGUCCUUCCGCCACCUCUGCUGCUACGGCGCCGGAAUCGCAGGAAACGUCUUCGCCUUCGUGCUCUUCAUCUCCCCACUCCCCACAUUCAAGCGGAUCGUCCGGAACGGGUCCACGGAGCAGUUCUCGGCCAUGCCGUACAUCUACUCGCUGCUCAACUGCCUCAUCUGCAUGUGGUACGGCCUCCCCUUCGUCUCCUACGGCGUCGUCCUCGUCGCCACCGUCAACUCCAUCGGCGCCGUCUUCCAGCUCGCCUACACCGCCGUCUUCAUCGCCUUCGCCGACGCCAAGCAGAGGCUGAAGGUCUCUGCUCUCCUGGCCGCCAUCUUUGUGGUGUUCGGACUGAUUGUGUUUGUUAGUUUGACUUUGUUGGAUCACACAACCCGGCAGAUGUUCGUCGGAUAUCUCAGCGUCGCGUCCCUCAUAUUCAUGUUCGCGUCCCCCUUGUCAAUCAUCAAUCUGGUCAUCAGGACGAAGAGCGUGGAGUACAUGCCCUUCUACUUGUCAUUAUCUAUGUUUCUGAUGAGUGCAUCAUUCUUCGGAUACGGAGUGCUGCUGCGUGAUUUCUUCAUAUAUAUUCCAAAUGGUAUUGGAACCAUACUGGGUAUCGUGCAGUUGAUGCUGUAUGCCUACUUCAGAAAAGGAUCAAGCGAGGCAGCCAGGCUGCCAUUGCUAGUCACACAUACAUGA